GGAAGCUUGGCGGCGGGGGAAGUGAACUAUUCAGAGUAAGAGGCGCGGAGCUGACAGCCGUCACCUGUCCUGCGUUUCCGGGUGGUUCCCGCCAAAAUGGCUCACCUGGAGGGCAUGGUGCUCUGUCGAGAGGCUCAAGUGUCCACGUUGCAGUCCCUGUUUGGAGAGAGACACCAUUUCAGCUUUCCAUCCAUCUUUAUUUAUGGACAUACUGCCAGUGGGAAGACCUAUGUCACACAGACCUUGUUGAAGACUUUAGAGCUUCCGCAUGCCUUUGUGAAUUGUGUUGAGUGCUUUACUUUGAGACUACUUUUGGAACAAAUUUUAAACAAGCUGAAUCGUCUUAAUUCUUCAGAGUCAGGAUGUCCUACAGAAAUGACCUGUGAAACAUUUAAUGACUUUGUUCGGUUGUUUAAGCAAGUGACCAGUGCUGAACAUCUCAAGGAUCAGACUGUAUAUAUUGUUCUAGAUAAAGCUGAAUAUCUAAGAGAUAUGGAAGCCAAUCUUUUGCCUGGGUUCCUCAGAUUGCAAGAAUUGACUGACAGAAAUGUGACUGUUAUCUUUCUCAGUGAGAUUAUUUGGGAAAAAUUUCGUCCAAAUACCGGAUGCUUUGAGCCAUUUGUCUUAUAUUUCCCAGAUUAUAGCAUAGGGAACCUUCAAAAGAUCCUGUCCCAUGACCACCCUCCCGAGUAUUCAGCUGACUUUUAUGCCGCCUACAUCAAUAUUCUCCUCGGAGUCUUCUACACGGUCUGCCGAGAUCUGAAUGAGCUCAGGCAUCUGGCAGUGCUUAAUUUCCCCAAAUACUGCGAACCUGUAGUUAAAGGAGAAGCAGGUGAACGUGAUACUCGCAAACUAUGGAGAAAUAUUGAACCUCACUUGAAGAAGGCAAUGCAGACUGUUUAUCUCAGGGAGAUUUCAAGUUCCCAGUGGGAAAAGUUACAGAACGAUGAUACAGACCCCGGACAGCUAAAAGGUCUCUCGGCGUACACCCAUGUGGAGCUUCCAUACUACUCCAAGUUUAUUCUUAUUGCUGCUUACCUUGCCUCGUACAACCCAGCAAGAACUGACAGGAGGUUCUUCCUUAAGCAUCAUGGGAAAAUCAAGAAAACCAACUUUCUAAAGAAGCAUGAGAAGACAAGCAAUCAUCUUCUUGGACCAAAGCCAUUUCCUCUGGACAGAUUAUUAGCAAUAUUGUACAGUAUAGUGGACAGCAGAGUGGCUCCAACAGCAAAUAUCUUUUCCCAGAUUACCUCUCUAGUGACUCUACAGUUGUUAACCCUAGUUGGUCAUGAUGAUCAGCUUGAUGCACCAAAAUACAAAUGCACAGUUUCUCUAGAUUUCAUCAGAGCUAUUGCACGGACGGUGAACUUUGACAUAAUAAAAUACUUGUAUGAUUUCUUAUGAAAACAAGGUUCAAAGCCAUAUGGACACUGUGACAAUGACUAAGCCAAGCUGUGUUCAUCCAACUACUCAGCUGGCCAGGGAAAGGAGUUCUUUGGCUCUAUUGGAUUUGUCCAAACAGGUGCUGGCCCAGCAUGGAAUCUGAUGAAAAUCCUCUGAUUGGCCUGGGUAGAUGCGAGCAGAAGACUAUUUACCAGGGGCCCGGGAGUAUUUGGAAGCAACGUGUUAAUUAUAAACAGCAGGGUUUGUGCACAAUCUGUUCUACUCUUAAUGAUGUUAUCUUAACACUGAAAUUGCCUGAAACCCAUUUACUUAGGACUGUGUUUUGCUCUGUGAACUAUCCCCUGCGCUUUGAACGUGCCAGCAGCCCUUGUUUAUAUGCCCAGCCUUUUCACUUCCUCUCCACAGGAGCCUCUGCCAUCCCUAGCCAAAGCAGAUUUCCUAAGGCCACUAUUCCAGAAGCUCAUAGUUGGGAAAGUCUGUGCUGUAUUUGAAAUCUAAGCUGUAUAUGCAUAUCUGUUUACCCUGAUUUCCUCAAGCACGAGGCAGCGUGCUCAGUGUACACAGCUUUAUGUCUGGCUCCCUUGCUAACUUGACAGCACUUCGUACAGAAGGUUUAUCUGCUCGCUCACAGUUAACCACGCAUGGCUUUUCACCACAAUAUUGUCUUCCUUUCUUUUCUGUAAGUGGCCGGACUUUUGAGAGCUUUACAAUAAAAUCCUUACAUUAGUCAUA